CCAGUACUAAAGCUAUGGGCUCCGAGUGUACUCUGCUAACAAUUUCAUGAUGUUGGGAACUCUGGAAAAGAUCUGGAAAAGAGCAAAAGAAGCUAAAAUAUGUGCAAACUACUCACAAAGCAGAGAGAGUCUUUAAGAAGAAUCGGGGGGAAACAUUAAGAAUGAAAAUGGUUAACCCUGCAACUUACUAGCAAAACUAGUGGGGAAGUAUGCUUAAGUCAUUUGAAAGCCUAUUAAAAAAACAAAGAAGCUCUUCAAGAGAUGGUGUUUGAAGAUUUUAAUAUAUGUAUGACAUGCUGUCUUUUAGGAGUAUAUUUUUUAUUUUACUUACAGAACUCUUGCAAUUGGCUGUAGAAUCUUCUACGGUCAGCUUAUCUGAAUUGGGCAAAACACUUGUGUUACUGAUAGCCAGGGAUCUGGGUGGGGCAGAUAACGUGGGCUUUUCUGCUUUAAAGGGGAAGUGCAUGGGAAGCUGAGUGUUUCCUUUGCAGGCUGGCAGAGUUUCAGCCUACAAGGGGCUGCUUGGGGCUGGGGGAUGCAGGGCAGGGCACCAUGUGUAUGUGUGUGCAUGCAUGUGGCCAGCAAUACUGCCAGACAGUGGUGGAAAGCAGCUCCCCCAGAUGCCUGCAGAGUUGUUCAUGAUUAUUUAAGUGGAAGACCAUUUGAGGCUUAUCAAGAAAGCAUACACUUCUCACGGUUUUUACAAUGGAAAUGGUUAGAAAGGCAACCAGUAACCAAGCACACGUUUAGGCAUUACCGAGUACUAGGCAAAGGUGGAUUUGGAGAGGUAUGUGCCUGUCAAGUGCGGGCAACAGGAAAAAUGUACGCUUGUAAAAAGCUAGAAAAGAAAAGAAUAAAGAAGAGAAAAGGAGAAUCAAUGGCUUUAAAUGAAAAAAGAAUUUUAGAAAAAGUGAAUAGUAGAUUUGUAGUUAGUUUAUGCUACACCUAUGAGACUAAGGAUGCUCUAUGUUUAGUAUUAACCAUUAUGAAUGGAGGAGAUUUGAAGUUUCAUAUAUACAACAUGGGAGAUCUUGGCUUUGAUGAAAAAAGAGCUGUUUUUUAUGCUGCAGAGCUAUGCUGUGGCCUGGAGGACUUGCAGAGAGAAAGAAUUGUUUACAGAGACUUGAAGCCUGAAAACAUCCUUCUUGAUGACUGUGGACACAUCAGAAUUUCAGACCUUGGAUUAGCAGUACAAAUCCCAGAUGGAGAAACAGUCAAAGGGCGAGUUGGAACUGUUGGAUACAUGGCUCCAGAAGUUAUCAACAAUCAAAGCUAUACAUUCAGUCCUGAUUGGUGGGGUCUCGGCUGCCUAAUUUAUGAAAUGAUUGAGGGACAAUCUCCAUUCAGAAAGCGCAAGGAAAAAAUCAAACGGGAGGAGAUUGAACGAAGAGUAAAGGAAGAGCAGGAGGUGUAUUCAGACAAGUUUUCAGAGGAGGCAAAAUCUAUCUGCAGGAUGUUACUUGCCAAGGAUCCAAAGCAAAGAUUGGGCUGUGGUGUUGAUGGAGCUGCUUCUGUAAAACAGCAUCCCAUUUUCAAUGGUAUUAACUUCAAGCGACUGGAAGCAAACAUGUUAGAUCCACCUUUUUUGCCAGAUCCACGUGCAGUGUAUUGUAAGGAUGUCUUGGAUAUAGAACAGUUCUCCACAGUAAAAGGAGUGAACCUGGAUACUGCAGAUGAUGAUUUCUAUUCCAGAUUUGUUACUGGUUGUGUUUCAAUCCCUUGGCAAAAUGAGAUGAUUGAAACAGAAUGUUUUGAAGAUAUCAAUGCAUAUGAAAUGGAUAGCGCCUUGACACCAGAUGUGGACAUGAGCAAACAUACUCCUAGACCAAAGAAAGGCUUCUUUCAUAGACUCUUCAGAGGAAUGGUCUGCUUUAAAUCGAGUUACAGUGAUAAUGAAGAGGAGUCCUCUAGACUUUGAAUUAACUUUACUAUCACCAAAAAACAAAAGGAUGAAUGAGCUUCAAAUGUUUUAUAUCUCUGUAGCAGAGUAUAUUAUAACUUUUAUAAAAAUUAGCUAUGCUUUUGUACAUUUGUACUUCAGUUAAGAUGUAUAUUUUCCCGAUUUUUUUUUUUUGUACAGAAAGCCAUGAGUACCACUUAAAAGUGUGUGUGCAUGUGUAAAAUAAUUACAUUUGUAAUUCUAAUGAGUCUAAAAAAUAUUGAAAGGGGUUUUUAGAGCACAGCUAAUAUCUGUGCCUAGAGAUAUUUGGUUUUGUUCCUAACAACUUAACUUGGAGGCUCUAUUUCGUAUUCAGCAGAGCUGUGUGGGGUAUUCUUAACAGUACAGUUGUUAUAUUGAUUUAGCCAAAUAUUUCUGGUGUUAAAAGCACUUCAAUACUAUUAGAUUUCAGGUUGCAAUUUAAUGUAUUUCUUAAAUAAUUUAAAAUGAAAUCAUUAGGAAAAGAAGGAAUGAAUUUAGUACACUGUGACCAGUUUAUGUAAAGUUUUUUUGAUAUGUUUUUGUUUUCAGUGUGUUUCAAAAUGUAUGUUUUAUAUAUUGUGUAUUCUGAAGAUUGCCUUGAUCUUGCAACAAACUUCAUCUUGCUAAAUAUUGAUAGAAGGGGAUAACAAUGGCUUUCUCAGCAAGUAUUUAUAUACCCUGUCCCCCACAUGCCUUAUAAGAAAGAUUAAGAUUAUUCAUCUUUCUGUAGUGUUGGGAUCAUUUCCUUUCUGUUCAUAUAUUUGAAGCAAGACUGAGCAUAAGAGAGGACUUCCAGGUUUGGGUUCUUUUUUUUUCUUUUUGAAGUGGUAAUUUAUGCUUCUGGUAACUCCUCCUCCUUCCCUUUAGAUAAAGCUUACAAAUAAGGUUCUUGUCUACAUUGCAAGUAGAUCCAUGCUCCUAUACAACUCAACUGUAUUUCGAAUACUUCAUACUUUAUAACUAUAAUUACUAUAAAAGCAGCAUACAUAAUGUUGUGUUUUUCCUUCUCCCCCUUCUUAACUAAGACUAUGCUAUCACCCCCGUGAUGCAGGCUGUGUAGUCUAUAAUGUGGUAUACUGUGCAUGAACUGUAAAAGGGAUAGGAUUUAACUUUACUACUACACAAUACUUCACUACUUAUUUCCAUUGUAGUUUCUUAUAUUUGAUCACUGAGUUGAUGAUCACCUCUGAGGGAAAUCAAAGUGUUUGUGUAAUUAAUUUUAAUACUGACAAUCUUCAUGAAUUUUCAAACAUAUCAAGGAUAAGUAAUUCUCUGAGAUUUGGGUGCCCCUGAUACUCUUUGUAGGUGGAGCCAGGUACUGUUACUUCUAGAUAAGAUUUCCUGAAACAUCAUGUUAAAAGCCCCUUUUUCAGUUGCUUGUAGCUCAUAUCCUUUAACCUCUUGGUCUUAGAGCUUUGUGUAUCAGAUUUCUGUCUGUUUUUGAAAGUUUCAGAUAAAACUCAGUUGCUUCCUGAAACAGCUGUUUCAUUGCAAAGCUCUCCUGGUAUAUUCUUUGGAUCAGACACUUUACAUUUGAUAGGGCCAUCCCCUGGAGUCAGAUAUGCCUCUUGCCAUUUCCAGAAAAAUGUGCUCAAGUUAUUAGCUUUUGAACAAACUGAUUUGCACAGUAGAAACUUGCCUGCUUGGUAAAUUCCCUGAAGAUUGUGCCUCCAGUGAACAUACAUCAACCGAUCACAGCUACAAACAAACUGGACCACAUAUGUGCUAUGUGUACAGAGCAGCAGAGCUUGCUUCAGCUCUUUUUCUUGAAAUUUCUUCUCUUAGCUGGUAGAAGCUGCUUUGUCUUGAGCACAAGCUCUGAGAAAAAAGUGUUCUCCUGUGCUCUCAGUACUCUUUUUUUUGCUGCCUCCUGGGUAGUACGGAGAAGAGGGAAGAGUGCUCACUGUAAUGCACAGGGGAGCUGAAAGAUAGCUAAAGGGACUUUAUUAGAUGGGACCAGAGAGAAUGGGGUUAGGAUGUGGAGCAGAAUAAGACAAGGGCAAAUGUGGCACAGGUGUAGAAAGGCCUGGAUAUAACCUGGAGUUUAUAGGGGGCUGGAGGAGGAACUGAAGUUUGUGAGAUUUACUUUUUCUGUAUUUGUUAAAUAGUAAUUCUCAAAUGUGAUCACUUUAAUUGUGGAAAUCCUCAGGCUUAUUGUAGUAAUAUCAAGGUGAUAUUAACCUUGGACAUACGGAAUGACAGCUUGGAUUUAAUGCUUGCUUAGAGCAACUUGCAAUUUGGGCAGGAAUACUAUGGACACAAGCUGAGUGGUUUUGAUGACAAAGCCACAAGAAGCAACUGUAACAAAGGAAGGAAAACUAUAUUUAUAUUUACCAUGUACUGUAAGUUAUCUAUGCUUUAGAUCAGUAGUGCUCAACCUUUUUCCUCAGUGGACCACAUGGGCAGUGCCAGGUCUGUCUGUAAGCCAGAUCAAGGCAGUGGUCCUGAUCUGGCACCCCUGGUGGGCACAGUGUGUACCAUCCAGCUGCACAGAGUGUUGGGGGCAGUCUGGCCCAGCAGGGGAGGGGAGCAUAGCUUGGACCCAAGGGGGAAUGGGGAUGUGGCCUAGCCCCAAUAUGGCCCCACAGGAGGGCAAGGGGGCAUGGCCUGGCCCCAACCCACUCUGAUCCAGAUGUGCAGGGAGGUGUGGUCCAUGGGGGGAAGGGAGCAUAGCAUGACUCCAACCAGUUGUGCAGAGCUUGGGGUUUAGGAAUUUGGCUGUGGGGACAGUGGCCAUAUUAAUGGCCACUGCUCCCCCACCACCAAAUUUCUUGACUCAUGGGAAGCCCCACAGGCAAGAUGAAAUGGUUCUGCCGGCCACAUUUGACCCACGGGCCAGAGAUUGAGCACCCCUGCUUUAAGUAGAAAAAAUAUCCAAAACUGAAAAAGGUACUGAGACAACUUUCUGCUUAAUGAUGUACCACUUCAUUUCAGUAGUUGCAGCAGUAAUUCACUUGGCUCAUUGUGGUUAGGAGGUGAAUGAUAACUUUGCAGUUGAGUAUUGUUUACUAAACUCCUUUUGAAAAGAAAGUGGGCCAAGAUUUGUCCUGUGAAUGGGGAGGUGAGGUCUCUGCUGAUUUCUGUGGGAUAUGUGCGUAUGGAUAUGAGCAAAAUGUGACUUUAUGUGUAACUAAGCAUGAACUAUAUUGUUUGAAAUUAGGAUAAAUGAUACUAAACUAUAUUUCUGCUCCUUUACUUCUGCUAAUCAAAAAGCUGCAGUUCCUAUCAAAUGUCUGGGGCAUGGAUGCUCAACCCCCUAGCCUGUGGGCUAGAUCUGGCCCCCAGCACAGUGUCAUAUGACCCACAAGGCCCAAUCAACAUGUAUGUGGAGUGUGGGGGGAUCAGCUCAGGGCCCAAUCCUGGCAUGUGGAGGCAGUGCAGGAUCCCAGGGCCAAUCCCAGCAAGCAGGGCCAGGUGGUGCCCUGAAGCCUCAUCCCAGCUGAGCAGAUCCCACAUCCAACUCAUGGACCAGCCCUGCACCAUUUAUUUGACCAUAGGGCCAAAAACUUGAGCAUCACUGGUCUGUGAAGAUCCCUGUUCAAUCUUGUGUCAUCGCUAUAGAGCCUAUAUUUACAGGCAACCUUCCAAAGAAGAAAAAGGCAGUCCUGCCCUGUUUUGAGAAGAAAACUAAGAGCUUUUUUAACUACCCAGUCAGAUGCUUGCUGCUAUCACUUCCCACCAUACUCUCACCCAAUAACAUUUGUUUUUAGCUCUCUGUGUAGAUCAACACACUCUUACAGUAACUUUGCCCCCAAAGGGAAAUGCUGUUCUUACAUGAACAAACAGAAAAAGUAAGAGUGGUUUGAAUCAUAACUGUUUCAACCUUUGCCACCAACUGAAUGUUUUGAGCAUUGUUGUCAUAAACAGGUGAGUUACAUAAAUAGGUGAGUCCUCAGGCCCUCACUGUUUAACAUCUUCAUCAGCGACUUGGACGCGGGGGUGGAAAGCACGCUGUCCGAAUUUGCUGAUGAUACUAAGAUGUGGGGCGAGGUGGAUGCACUUGAAGGGAGAGAGAGGCUGCAACUAGAUUUAGACAGGCUACAAAAGUGGGCAGAUGAGAAUAGGAUGGGGUUCAAUGUAGACAAAUGCAGGGUGCUGCACCUUGGGAGAAGGAAUCCACAGCAUACAUACAGGCUGGGGAGUUCCCUUCUUGAAAGUACUGAGGCGGAAAGGGAUCUUGGAGUUAUUACUGACUCCCAAGAUGAACAUGAGCUGCCAAUGCCAGACCGCAGCCAGCAAGGCCAGCCAUACCUUGUCAUGCAUCCAAAGGUGCAUCUCAAGCCAGUCCAGGGAAGUGAUACUCCUUCUCUAUGCGACUUUGGUCAGGCCGCAGUAGGAGUAUUGUGUCCAGUACUGGGCGCCACACUUCAAAAGGGAUGUGGCCAGCCUGGAGUGGGUUCAGAGGAGGGCCACCCACUUGGUGAGAGGGCAGCAGGACAGGCCCUAUGAGGAGAGACUGAAGGACCUGAACCUGGUCAGCCUCAGCAAGAGGAGGCUGAGGGGGGACCUGGUGGCUGCCUACAAGCUCAUCAGGGGAGAUCAACAGCAAAUAGGCAAAGCCCUUUUCUCCCCAGCACCACCUGGGGUGACAAGGAACAAUGGUCAUAAGCUGAUGGAGAAUAGGUUUAGGUUAGAGAUCAGAACGCAAUAUUUUACAGUUAGCGUGGCAAACAUCUGGAACCAACUUCCCAGGGAAGUGGUCCUUGCUCCUACCUUGGGCAAAUUCAAGAGGAGGUUGGACAAUCACCUGUCUGGGGUCUUAUGAACCCAGCAUUCAUUCCUGCCUGUGGCAGGGGGUCAGGCUAGAUGAUCUGUUCAGGUCCCUCCUGACCCUAGAUACUAUGAAACAUGAACCAUGGAGUAAGGGACUCCCAGUUGAGAUUUCUGGAUUUUCUUCUUAACUUUGCCAGCAUCUUACAUUUUACAGAUCAUUGCUGCAAAAUGUACAUGCCAUCUACCACAGGGGAGAGCUUAGGUUUAUGUAAUGAUCUUGAGAUUACUCUCUGAAUGGAAAAAGUUAGAUCAGAUGUUCUUCCUCCCUCCCUUCUUUCCUCUUCUCUGCUCUCCACCCCAAUCUGUUAGGGUUUUUUGGUCAAAUUGUCCAUUUUCAUAAUUUUCCAAAUGAGCUGAAAACAAGUACUGUUCAUGUAAACUUUUUAUCUCUACAUAUAAUAUUUUAAUGACAAAAAAGGAGUUGGUGGACUGAAAAGUUCUGUUUGCAAAGAUGUCCCUUCAGCUUUUUCUAUCGAGUUGUAAACCUAAAGUGAUUUUUUUUUUUGCAUAGUGUAGCUCAGAAAUAACUCAGUUGAUUUCACUGGAGCUACAGCUGUGUAAAACAAGAGAUAAGAGAGAAGAUUAAAGAUCUGUGUGUUACUCCUGUGGCUUUAAUAAUAACAAAAAAGUGACAAAAUUCCGGGCCUGAUGGCACUGUUACAUUAAUUUGAUAUCAGUGGAGUUUCAGGAGUGUGAAAUCAAUCCCUCUUACCUUUAGUUCGUGUUCUCUUAUGUUGGUAUCUGUAAGUUCUUCAUUUCUUCAAGUCUGCUUGCUCAGACAUCAUAACAUCAUGAAUCUGCAUAUUUAGCUCAAAUUGUCAAAGCUGUGAAAUUGUCAUGCCUCAGGGUGUCUUUUUUCUUUACAGAGUUCUUCUGCUUUCUUGUUGUGUUUACUGUUAAUUACUGAAAUGGCAUUAUGCUUCUGUGGUCAUCAGAUCAUGGAGGAGAUGAAAGGGGCCUCAACAGGUCUACUCUGUUUCCCAGCCCCAGAGAUGUACAUCACCCACGCAAAUGUCUCCAUUUGAAAAUGUCACCACUUACGAAGAAUUCCUGCACCAUGUUGUGUUGUCUCAGGGAACACCUGUGGUAGCCAUUAGCAAACGGUGACUCUGAAGAAUGCAGCAUGUUUUUCUCAAUCAGUUUUUAAACAUAAGCUAGCCUGCCCUCUUCUUGAAUAUAAAAGAGAAAUAUUUUAGUUUCAAAAGGAAAGUUGUCUAUUUUGAGAAACCAAUCAUAGAAUACACAGGAAAUUAUACUAAAGGUCAACUCUAGCAAGGGGCUAAUGUGCUUUCCCAACCCAUGUCAUUUGUGGUGUUUUGUAUUCAUUAAACACUUUACACGGUGCAGAGAAAUUUCCUAUUGUGUUACUAAUACCAUUUAGAAAUACUGUUUACAUGAGACUGGAAACAGGUCAACUAAAAUAUUAGAUUUUUGUGCUAUAGUUUGCACUUAUUUUGGUGGUGUUACAUGAACUUCAAUAUUAAGUGUGCAGCUAUAUUGAGAUGUAUGCUAGUUUUCAAAACUAGAUUAACUUUCAUUUAUUAAAUAGUUGACCAAUAAGCACAAUAUCUACUUUUAAUACAACAGUAGGGAGCAUUAAACUAAAUUACAGUUUUCUGUGACUUGAAUUAUUCUGGAUGCUAUUAGUAAUGUUGUCUCCUCUGAAUGUUUAUACAAAAGUGUGGGGUUUUAUAUAUAUUCCAUGUGAUGCCACUUAUUUAAGUUUUGAGCAUAUGUAACUUUCCCGUCGUCUCUGUAUAAUAGUGCCAACGCACCAGAAUUGUUGUUCCAAGUAUACUCAUUUUCAUUGUAAAAUGCGAUCAACUUAACAGUUUAUAAGUGUCUUCUAACCACUGAAAUGUUUUUAAUUUAGCCCUUAGUGGUUAAUCUACUAAGCGUUUUUUUUCCUGAAAUAAAAACAACACACUGCCAUGUCCUUAGAUUGCA